CCGCCCACCAGACGGACGUGUUAGAGGACUACCCCAGAGGUUCACCGCAGGCACGAACCAGUUCCCUGCUUCCAGUGACUUGCUGCUGCCGCUGCAGUAAAACUUUCCUCCAGACUUCAUCCACGUUCCUGGAAGAAGUUUUUUUUAACCGGAGAGCAACAGAGCCUCCGGCCGCCCUCCUGGCUCCUCGGUAAGGGUACAAAUGAGCCGCUACCCCGCUGGUUCCGACCAGUUCAUUUCUUUAUCCGACAAGAAAUACAAAGCUGAGUGAAGAACAAAAAGAUUCCUGUCAUCAUGGCAGCCAAAACUAAAUGGGAGACUGUAAAGGAACGCAUGACAGCUGCCACCUCUGCAGACCCAGAUGCCACACUGGAGGCGAAUCUGGAGAAUGCAGACCCUGAGCUCUGCAUCCGACUGCUGCAGGUUCCCACGGUGGUAAACUACUCCGGUUUGCGGCGGCGCUUGGAGGCCAGCGAUCAGUCCUGGAUGGUGCAGUUCCUGGAGCUGCAUGGUCUGGACCUGCUGAUGGAGGCGCUGGAGCGUCUGUCGGGUCGCGGUUGCGCUCGCAUCGCCGACACUCUGCUGCAGCUGACCUGCGUCUCCUGCGUCCGAGCCGUCAUGAACUCAUCUGCGGGACUACACUUCAUCAUGGACAACGAGGGCUACGUCAGGACCCUGACCUAUGCUCUGGACACGUCCAACGUCAUGGUGAAGAUGCAGGUGUUUGAGCUGCUGGCAGCUCUCACUCUGUUUGACCCUCAGGGACACCUUCUAGUGCUGGAUGCCCUCGAAAACUACAAGAGUCUGAAGAAGCAGCAGUAUCGCUUCAGCGUGAUCAUGAACGAGCUUCACGGCACCAAUAACAUUCCAUACAUGGUGACACUGAUGAGCAUGGUCAAUGUACUCGUGUUUGGACAAGAGGACCUGAGGAAGAGGGACCGACUGCGACAGGAGUUCAUUGGCCUGCAGCUGCUGGAUCUGCUGCCCAGACUGAGGGAGACGGAGAAUGACGACCUGAACAUCCAGUGUGAUGUGUUUGAGGACUUUCUGACAAUGGAUGAGGAAGAGAUGGAGCGGCUGUACGGAGGCGUCGACAUGAGCAGCCACCAGCAGGUCUUCACCUCACUCUUCACUAAGGUGUCCAGUAGUCCGUCCUCAGUCCAGCUACUUUCCAUACUUCAGGCCUUGUUGUUGGUAGAUCCAAACAGAGCUCAGGUCUGGCUUGCUCUGGAGCUGCUGACUGACAAAGUCACCCUGCUGUCGCAGGAAUCUGAAUUGGAUUCUGUCGACUGUCUUCUGGAAAGGCUGCUCCCCCAGAAAUCACUCUCAGCCAAUCACAGGGUCCGAACUGUCGACAGAGCGGUCCAGACUCAACUACCAGACAGUCCUACUGGCCAAUCAGACGCACUUAUCAAAGAUGUUUUGACAAGUUCAUCAACACCAGCUCCCAUUGCCGCACCUGAUGCCCCACCUCCUCCACCUCCUCCUCCACCUCCAUUACCUGGUGUAGGAGCACCUCCACCCCCACCUCCUCCUCCACCUCCUCCCUUACCAGCUAUAGGAGCUCCUCCACCUCCUCCUCCCUUGCCUGGUGUAGGAGCUCCUCCACCUCCUCCUCCACCUCCUCCUGGGAUGGGCGUUCCUCCCCCUCCCCCUCCUCCAGGCGACAUCAUCGUAGCCCAGGCAAUUCGAGGUCUGGGCCGGUCAUUUUACAGUACCGCUCCACCCACAAGCACCGCCCCCUGCCCCACACUCCGAAUGAAGAAACUCAACUGGCAGAAACUGCCAUCCAGAGCAGUGAUAGCUCAUCAGUCCUUGUGGAAGUCCAUGUCUUCAGACUCGGUGGAACCCGAUUACUGCAGCAUCGAGCAGCUCUUCAGUCUUCCUCCUACAGAGACCAAGACCAGAACCAAAGCCAAGACAGAGUCCAAAGAGAUUUCCUUUAUCGAUGCCAAGAAAAGCCUCAACCUGAACAUCUUCCUCAAGCAGUUCAAAUGUUCCCAUGAGGAUUUUGUGUCUCUGAUCCAGAGAGGAGACAGGUCCAAGUUUGACGUGGAAGUCCUAAAACAGCUGAUCAAACUGCUUCCAGAAAAGCAUGAGGUAGAGAACCUGAAGUCUCACCAGGCAGAAAGGGACAAGUUGGCAUCAGUGGAUCAGUUUUACCUGCAGCUCCUCGGCGUCCCCAGUUACUCUCUGAGGAUCGAGUGUAUGUUGCUGUGUGAGGAGAGCAGAUGUGUGUUGGAGACGCUGAAGCCCAAAGCGGAACUGCUGGACCGAGCCUGCCAGAGUGUGAGGGAGAGCACUCGACUGCCCAGCUUCUGUAAACUCAUCCUGAGUGUGGGAAACUUUCUGAACUAUGGCACUCACACGGGGAACGCAGAGGGUUUUAAGAUCAGCACUCUGCUCAAACUGACUGAAACUAAAGCCAACAAGUCCAGAAUCACCCUGCUACACCACAUCCUGCAGGAGGUGGAGGAGAACCAUCCUGACCUGCUGAACCUGCCUGAUGACCUGGAGGUCUGUGAGAAGGCUGCUGGGGCGAAUGUGGAGUCCAUUCAGUCUGAAGCAAAGUCUCUGACCAAACAGCUGAAAAACGCAGAGAAGAAAGUUUCAUCUUCAUCUGAGGAUAUGAAGGAGCAGUACUUGUCUGCUUUACAGGAGAGCCUGCAGGCCUGUGAGCAGCUGCAGCAGCUGUUGUCGUCGGUGGAGGACAAGAGGAUGGAUCUAUCCGUCUACCUGUGUGAGGACAGCAGCAGCUUUUCCCUCGAUGAACUGUUCAGGACCAUCAAGACCUUCAGAGGCCUGUUCCUCCGAGCCAUCAAGGAGAAUGAAAGUCGUAGAGAGCAGGAGAAAAAGAGGAAGAAACGGGAGGAGGAGAAGAAACUCAAAGGAGACACCACCAACAAGAUCAUCAGGAAGGAUGUGUCCAAUCAGGAAGAAGGCUGCAUCAUCGACAACCUGCUGGCUGAGAUCAGAAAAGGCUACAACCUGAAGAAGACCAGGCCGAGAGCUGAGAGGGGCAGCAGGGUCCACGAUCAUCCCGUCGUCAAACAGAAGUCGCUGGGCGUGGACGAGCCGGAUUCUUCUGCAUCCAGCCAAUCAGAGAAGCCCCCCGACCACCCAGAGACGGUCCAGAUUCCCACAGAAAAGCCAAAACAACUAAACCAAACCAACACAACGUCAGCUGAACCCCGCAGAAACCCCUCAGUCUCUGGUUCUGCAGGAGAGAAAGAAAUCCAGCUCAGUCCAGAGGAUGAUUCAAAACAACUAACCAGGAACCAGGAGUCAGAGUUUGAGGAGUUCACCUUAUUAGAAUCCAGAACAAUGAAACACAAUGAUGAUGAUGAUGAUGAUUCUGGUCCAAACAAACUGUCCAGCACGUCCAGGAACAGCUCAGCAGGAGCCGGUGUUCAAAUUGGAGCCAAACUGUCUAAAACGAAGAAAGGAUGUAUUUUACAUUGAGAUGAGCAGUGAUGAGUGGUUUCCAUGACAACGUGGCUGAAUGUCAAGACAAGAAAGUUAAAAGUGGUAAAACAUGAACUGACCACAGAUGUUAAAUAAAGAAGAUAUUUUUUCUGUCAAACGAUAACAAGUAAAGAAGUCCGUCGGAGUCUGGCAAAGCAACUGAUUGGCUGUAAAUGACAUCAGCCUACCUGAGCAGACAGGUGAGGUGGGCGGAGCCUUAGUUUCUCAUUAAAUGAUUUUCUGUGUUUUAGGUUGAAAACAACAAAUUUAUGAGUUUUGUGCAACAUGUUCUGAUUUUUUUUAUGAAAUAUCUCAGUUGUGUGUCCCGAUGAAGCUGCCGAUUUUGGUAUUUUAAUCUGGUCCUUCUGAUCAGAUCUGUGGAUUUAUGUCAGGUUUCAUUUGUGUUUUAUCUUUGAACAGACAUGAAAAUGAACCUGCAGCUGUUCUGAUGAUCAGUCAUUAAUUCUAGCUGUCUUGUGAGGAUUCCCUGCAUCUUAUUCAGCAGCAAGUUGAUAGUUUAUUGGUUUUUAAAAAGCGUUUUAAGAUGUCAGCUUUAGACAACUACUCUAAAGCAUUUUUCUCACAAACCCUUUAUCACCAGUUUCAGGUCUUAGGAGUUAAACACAAAGUUGGGUUUGCACUUUUUCACAGAUGUAACAGAAAACAGAUGGUGUCAGUGUAAAAAUGAGACGAUCAAGCAGUUUCAGUUGGUCAAUGGGCAGAAAUCUGUUUCUCACGUUUACUGAGCACAAAAUGAUCUGACAGCAGGAUUCAUUUCCUGAAAGGCUCCUCCUCAGAUGUAGAUUCACUGUUUGUUGGGUUUUUAAAAGAUUUUCAAACAUUUCAGAUAUUUUGGAGCUGUUCAGCGGUUUUGAGUGUUUUCUGGUCAGACCUUGUUUUUUAUCAGACGGAGGAUUUUUCACUUUUUAUUCGAUUGUUCUGGAUUUGCACAUAAGAUGGAAAAUGUCACUUCAGAAAGUUACUGACUUGUACUGUUUACUGGAAAAUAAAUGUUACAGCUUUUUCACCA